GGGGGUGUACGAGAGCACUGGCCAUGCUGGGUGGACUCUCCUCCUGCCUGUGUUGUCUGGCCAACCCUUGGCAGCAGGAGGAAAUCCCACCAUUCUCCGAAGAGAUCAGAGACACAAAGCUCUUGGUUUCCAGCACUACCACUCAGGUUCCCCAAACCCACAGCCAUGAGCCAGCUCUGUCAUGAGGAAGCACCCUGCAACCCUUCCCUGUUCCUCUGGUCACCAUUAAUCAUAAUUUCCCCCAUGACAAACGCUGAGUUCCCAAAACCAUCCAGCUGUUUGACAGGCGGGUGAUGCUGCAGGUGCAGCUGCCCGAAGCCUGCUUGCCUCUGUAUUGCUCCAUCACAACGGACCAGCUGCACGCUGGAAGACUCCUCUCUUCUCCCCAUGAGCGAGCAGCGUUGUGGGGGGCUGUGCCAGCUGCUGCCUCCUCCUCCCAACCACCAUCAUCCCCCACCAUCACUCUGUGCUCCAUACGGCUCCCAGCGUCUCAGUAGCGCCCCGAGGUGGGCGCCGUGCGUGGAACGGCGGAUGUUAAUCGGCUGCGGCGCACAGCGGAGGCGCCACCCUCGGCGAAGACGGGAGAGCUGGUGGUGGGGGGCUGUAACCAGGUGAGCUGUUGGAGCUGCCGAUCUGCUCGUUCGCCCGCCUCUCUUUCCGCUCCAUCAGCAGCACCAUGACCGUCGCACGGCUGGACCAGGGGCAGCGUUACCGCCCGCGGAUGGCCUUCCUGAAAAAGAUUGAAGCACUUAUCAUGGAGAUGCAGAAUCCAGACACGGGCAUCAAGACACAGACUCAGAGGGUGAUGAUCACAAACAUCCCACAUGCUGUGGCAGGUAAUGAUAUAUUUCAGUGGAUUCUCCAGCGUUUGCAGAUCACUAAUGAAGAGGCAUUGCACUUGGGGGACCUGUUUGUCAAAUAUGGCUACAUCUACCCUCUUCAGGAGCCAAAGAAUCUCACCCUCAGGACAGAUGGCAUCCUGUACAGGUUUCAAACCCCGUAUUUCUGGCCUGCACAAAGCUGGCCUGCUGAUGACACUGACUAUGCAAUUUACCUAGCAAAGAAGAACAUUAAGAGGAAAGGGAUUUUAGAAGAAUAUGAAAAGGAACAUUACAACAUGCUCAAUAAAAAAAUAAACUACAAGUGGGAUUUUGUUAUUAUGCAGGCCAAAGAGCAGUAUAAGGCAGGAAAGGAGCGGAAGAAGGCGGACAGGUAUGCUCUGGAUUGCCAGGAGAGAGCCUACUGGCUUGUGAACCGAACUCCUCCCGGCAUGCUGGAUGUCCUAGAAUAUGGAAUAGACCGUGUAACGGAUCCCAAUGAAGAUAAGGUAAACCAGAAAAAAACAAUGGAUGUUUAUAGGAGAGAGAUUAUGUACUAUCAACAGGCCAUCAUGAAGUCCAGAGUGAAAUCUUCUGUCUCCCUUGGAGGGCUUGUGAAGUACUCUGAGCAGUUUCUCUCCAAUGAUCCUAUCUUGUCUGGAUGCCUCCCUAGCAACCCCUGGAUAACAGAUGACCCUGAUUUCUGGGAUCUCAAUGCAAAGCUAGUGGAAAUCCCCACCAGAAUGCGCGUGGAGCGAUGGGCUUUUAAUUUCAGCGAGCUGAUACGAGACCCAAAAGGUCGGCAGAACUUCCAGCUCUUCCUGAAGAAGGAAUUCAGCGGAGAGAACCUGAGUUUCUGGGAAGCCUGUGAGGAUCUCAAAUAUGGAGACCAGUCCAAAGUCAAAGAAAAAGCAGAAGAAAUUUACAAGCUCUUCCUUGCUCCAGGAGCUAGGCGCUGGAUUAACAUCGAUGGCACAACAAUGGGCAUCACGGUCAAAGGCCUCAAGCACCCUCAUCGCUAUGUUUUAGACGCUGCUCAAACCCACAUUUACAUGCUGAUGAAAAAGGACUCCUAUGGCCGCUAUUUAAAGUCUCCAGUAUACAAGGAAAUGCUGGCCAAGGCUGUUGUGCCACAAGAAACUGUCAAAAAAAGUUCCAGUUUCCCAUUCGGACGCCGUCAUCUCCGCUCCAGUCCCAGCCCCAUCAUCCUCAGGCAGCAGGAGGAAGAAGCCAAAGCUAAAGAAGCUGCCGCCACUGUGGACAUCACACAGGUCAUGAGCAAGUUGGAUCGGAGGAGCCAGCUCAAGCAGGAACCUCCCAAGUAGGCUCUGAGCCCUGCAGGGCACAGCGCAGGGAAAAGACAAGCUGAGGCCAGUGUUGAGCUUUGUCUCCCCUUCCUGAAGGUGUCAGUGCUGCUUUAGGUUUCCCAGGCCAGCUCUGCCAGCAGCCUGCUUCCUGCAUGUUGCCAUGGCUUCUGCAGCAGCGGAUGUCUCUUCCCAGGCACAUCAGGCAUGGGAUUGCUACUGGAGCCAGGCUGCUGGUUGUGCUGGAUUCACAGCAUAGGGCUAAAAUCCCUCUGUGCACACCAUGAUGGGGGAUGCCUUCGGCUGCCUCUCCCUGUCUGCUGCUCCUCCGGCAGCUGGGAUGGCACAAGGUAGAGUGAAGCUGUGCUGUCCCAGUCCUUUGGGUUCAUACUGACCUUCCUUGGAGCAGCAGUUGAGGACUGUCCAGGGAGCAGAGCAAGGCACCCCAGCUCAGAAUGUGUCCAUGCUGGUGUCCAUCCUCUCAGCAGGAUUGUUCACCCUCCUGUGGUGUUCAUCCACUGGGAGGAGUGGUCACAUAAAUUCUCCAUCUGCUCUAAGGCACUUCACAUAUCCUGCACCUCCCAAUCAGUGCAAAGGAGCUGCAGGCAGAAGAACGGGACAGACUUCUUGUGAGAACAAUACAAGGAGCAUUUCUGAAGGUUUGGGUGUCCCUUUGAAUUUUAAUGACAAUCCCAAGUUCCCUUGGCACACUGGAGAUCAGUGGAAAGCUCUGCUCUCUCCCCAUUACCCUACACACAAGGAGCUAGGUGUGCAGGCUUAGAGCUGUCUCUCACAGGAGCUCGCAGGAGUGCUUGAGAGAUGCUGCCAUAUCUUUGUGUUUCUUUUAUCAAGUCAUUUCUGCCUCUUGUCUUGUCUUUUUCCUGCUAUUCUAUUUUCUGUACAAUAAAAAAUAAAGAAAUAACAGGAGGUAGUUCCAGUUGUCACUGGUAUGUAGCCCAGAGGCAAAGAAGAGCCAGGGCAGAGGUGUUAAGAGUUGAUUUCAAGUUUAAGUAGUGGGAUUUUUUGUUGUUGUUCUCUUUUUUUCUCCAUUUCUUCUAUCUCUUUUGCUCCUUAGAAUAGGAAAUCUAAACAACUACGUUAGCGCUAAAGAGCUUGGGGAGAUUCCCAGCCUGUCUGGACCAGGCUGAUGAUUAUCAGAACUGGGAAGAUUCCUGCAAAGCUCAGUGAAGGCAGUGGGGUGGGGGUGGGGAAGGCAGAAAAUCUUGUUUGUUAGAAGCUGGGGGAAGCAGAGGAACUGGAUGGGAAGAACUGAAGUACAGGAAACCACUUAACUCCUCUGUAUUGUUCAUUUAUUUUUACUACUGGAAUGAAACUGCAGAAAAACGAAGGUAGAGAAACCUGGUGUGAGUAGGAUCUGCAUAUAGACCAGCCUGUCACAGCCAGGCCUUAGGCCCAAGCAGCUUUGAAUAGAAUUCUUGCUUCCCAUGAGCAUAUUAUCAGGUGCAGAUUCAGGGCUAUGUGAUCUGAUCUGGUGUCCCUGCAGAACCAGCCUCCUUCGUUUUGCAGCUGAGCUAUGGGAGAUUUUCAAUGACCUCUGUUAACCUAAUGGUGAUAUAACCUUUUUAGAGGAAUUGAAAUCAAGUUGCAUGAGUCUUUUGCUCUGAUGUCAAGGCCUGCUUGCUAAAUCUCUGUUCAUGUUCCCAAAGGAAUCAAUGGUAAAUUUUGCAGUACCAUAAGGGGGAGCAGAUUCAGGUAUGAAUGCUUAAAACCACAAGGCUUGUUUACACGAGGUACUGAGAACCAUCAGCUUACCUUGACAAGAGAGCACUGAAGAGCCUGGCAGGGUUGGUUUAAAGCUGUUUGGAUGUGAUGAGCUCUAUGUUCUUCAGAGCUCGUGUAACAUGGAGCACUGAACGUGUUGGGAUUGCCAGUAGUAGUAACAUAUGGAAGAUCAAGUCAGGAUAUAAAUAAUAAAUAGCAAAUCUGUGUGUUCCAGUCAGUCCCUCUGAUUCUACUUCUGUUUUGUUUGCAGCUGUGCUUUUUAUGUUACCUCUAUCUAUUCCUUUCUCUGAUUUGAUUUUAACAUCUCAGCUUUACCUUGCUGUCCUACUGGCAAGGGUUAAUGCUGCCAGUUGGGUUAAUGCUGCUCUGGAGUCCCCAUGCUGGUGUAACUCCAGGCAGAAGCUGGCUCUGUUCUGCUUAUAGGCUGAGUAAGCUGGUAUGACACAGCUUGGUCCCUUGCUGCUCAGUCCCUAAAGAGGAAGGUUGCGUGGUACAAAGUGUGACCAUGGUACAAACUGAACUUCACUUUAUGUCAGCCAAGAAAUUGUUUGUUUCCAUUGCAAGUCAGAGCAGGAGGUUGUUUGUUUCUUGGGCAUUGCUUUCAUGCAUUCAUCUGUCUAAUAAAAAUAAAUGUAGAAAAUGGAAAAAAAAACCCAAACCAAAAACCUGUUCAUCCUUCUCUGUCGUGUCUCAGUGUGUUUAUCCUUCUCUGCCAUCUCUUUGCCAUGCAUGCAUUGUCUGUAUGUACUUCUGCUCUCAGUACUUCAGUUUGGAGCCUUGAGCUGCAUUUCAUCCUGAUGCAGUGAGGCCUUGGGAGCUGGGUGGAUGAAUGUCUCCUCCUACUCAUCCAAAGGGCUUCAUUAACUGAGCCUGAGCUACUGCAGCCCCAGCUGGAGACAUGGGGCUUCAGUCUGAGACGUAACACCACCUUGUGUUAUCAUUCAUUGGGGCUUGGACUCAUUGUGCCCUAUGGGUCCUGAUACACCCGUGUGCUUGUAAUUCAAGAAUUCGAAGCAUUUCUGGACUUUUUCCUUCCUAUCUUUGAUAUAUUCAGAUACCUUCAUUACAAACUCCUUGAUAAACGAACCUGGUUUCUUGCCUUAAAGCAGAUGGAGAAUUUAUGUCCGUAUAUGCUGGGAAAUGGUCUUAUCUGAAUUACUUUCUUGGCCAUGAGGUGUCAGCACACUGUACACAACACAGCUGGAGCAGAGCUUGCAGAGUGGGACUAAGACUUGUAGCACCAAGUUCAUUAAAAGCCAGCUAAUAGCUGAGACAAAACAAAAACAACGCUAAACCCUUCUUGAGAAGCCACAGAGUGGCAUCAUUUCUUAAUCAAAACCAGAAAGGAUCCCAAAGAGCAAACGGUGCAGGAGAGCAGCAAAGGCUUCUCUAUGAACUCCACUUUUCCCCACCCCCGUGACAGGAGGUGAAGCUGCUGAUCGUUGCUUUGUAUGGGGCUGACUUUGCAGAGCUGAGGUUGGUGGAAUCUCCCCCAUGCCCCCAUUGCCACUCAGUGCUCACACGGUGACAUCUGAGGCUCACAGCCCUGUUGGAGGUCGAGCGUGUUGGAGUCAGAGCUCUUUCAGUUCAGAUCCCCUCGCUGUGCAGUAGCCCAUUUAAAGCCUCCUGGAGUCACCUGGAAGAAUUAGCUCACUGCAGCAACUUCCACAUCCAGAGUAUUCCGAUAAUGUGAGGGAUGUAUAAGGUUAAUGACUGGAAAAAGUGAUCCCUCCCUGUGGGCAGUUUCUUAUAAAACUCCCUGCUGUUUGGCUGAGAGAAGAAAGGAGGCUGCGGCGGUGGUGAGGAUCCCAGUGUCCUGCUCACUGCUGGGAGAGCUCUGUGCCUGAGCUGCUAUGCUGCCACUGGGCUCCAGGUAUGGUUUGAAUGCAUGGGGAAGGGCAAAGGAUGCUGCUUAAUUAAUGAAUGUGCUGCUCCCAGGUGCAGGUCCUGCACCAUGUACCUGUUCAGGCUCCUCUAUCCCCCUCUGCUCAGCCUGCCCCACAGGCACUGGGCUUUGUUGUGAUCAUAUGUUUAUACUUUCCUUGUCCUCCGUUGGCUACAAGGCUGGCUUCUGGGGUUCCCCACAUCCCGGGCUGCCUCCCAGCAACCUCAAGGGGACACUGUUGGGACGGGAUGGGAGCAGAAAGCAGUGCUGGCAGCUCUGCCACCUCAAUGGGCACAUAGUGCUGGUGUGACCUGAAGGCUGGAGUGUGGGAUGUUGCAUCCCUGUGGUGCUGAGCCCCUGUUAAAAUACAUGAAUAAAAAACUCUUCUCCAGGUGAUGGACGUCUCUCAAACCUCCCCCCAGACCUGACAUUUCCCUCUCUUCUCUCCAGCUGGGACACAAACACCAAAAGCACCAAGCACCUCUUUGAUUUCUUUUUUCCCUCAAGUCUCUGACUCUGCAUUGCUCAAGCCUCAUUAAUUUAAAAAUGGAACAAAGAAUGCUCAGCAUCCCACAGGAUCAGGCCUCGGGAGCAGGAAGCACCGGUUGGCUCAGGAGAGAGUUGGUUACCAUGAGAUUCAUGGGGUGGUUUCAGCAGGCUGUGCAAAGGGAUGGCUCUGUAAGCAGGCUCAUCCUGCACGGAGCAUCACCGCAUCCCCCAGUGAGAUGGGAACCUGGUGGUGUAACAGUGCUGUGGGUGGAACUUACCUCUGUGCAGGGGCUCAGGCUCUGGAAUAGGAUCAGUUCAGGGCAUCCACACCCCAACCUGCGAACAUCUGAGUGUCUGAAUGCUGAUAAAGACAUUCUGGAUGAUAAAGUCUCCAUGAGUCAGCUUUAUUGGGGUGCAGAGCCUCGGGGAUGCAGGAGGAAAUACAGGCAGUGGGGAGUUUUCCCAUUGCCUCCGGGGAUUUGUUGUAUGUAUUUUGCACUACGCCUGGCCCGGAAGCAGAGGUGAGCACCUCAUAGGAUCCCUUUGGGGCUGCAGGUUCCCAGAUCUCUUCUACACCACACCAAAGAGGAAAAGAUGAGCUAUUGCAAGUCAGUUUACCUUUUAAAAUUCAUGUUGCCAUAGCAGCUCAGCACACUGUCUCAAGUCCUCCUUCUUGCAAAACUUUGAUCACCAUGAAAACAGAAUUAUGUUGUUCUCCAACAUGUUCUACAUAUAAAUAUACCAAAGUUCCCAUAGUUCAUGCUUCAGCAUCUCUGCAAAGACCUCUUUUAUUGCUCCCUCGCAGCAUUUCCCAGGCCAGAGGACAGCACUGGGCUCUACAGCAGUGUGAAGCCAUCACCCCAGUGCUCAUCCAUCAGCUGAGCUUUUGCUUCCAGCAGUUUCCAACACAGGCUGCUACAACACAGUGCUGAACCCACAUGCCACUCCUUCCCCAUGGAUGGCAGCAAUUCCCUCUCCCUUGGCUCUGCUCUUUGCCCACCAGCUCUGCCCCUUCCCUGGAGUAUUACAAGGGGACAACUGAAUUUAUUCUCAGCAUCCUCCUUGCUGGAGCAGCUCUUGCUCCUUCACCUUCCCGCUGUUGCACUGUGCUGGGAGCAAUGGAAGGAGUUUCCAUAAGCACCAUCAAAUCCUUCUCAGAGCAAUCCUUUCGCUUUCAUUGCGUGUCCCAUUUUCUGGUUGCAUUCAUGCUGGCAAUGAGUGAGCAAAGAAAGAAAGAAAAUUAGUCUGGACACGGACAAAUAUGCAACAAUAACCUAUGCAGCCAUUGGGUCAAACAGCACAUUAACCCGAGCUACCAUCCUGCUGUUGUUGUUUGGAUGGAUCCAUCUCCCCACACCAGGUGAGACCAUUCCAGGCCAGGACUGGGAGAGGGCAGUGGGAUUUCUAUUAGUGUGCACAGCCAGACUUCUUCUCAUCAGCUUUUUCUUUUUUUCUUCCUUUUUUAUCCCAAUCAACUGAAGGGGAAAAAAAAAAUAAAAAAAUAAAAAAAGAAAAAGAAAAAAAAAUUGGGGUAAAAGUUGAAGAACACUUUAAUUUAUAAGAAAAAGAACUAAAUAAUUGAUGUAGUCAUGGUGCCAAAGGUAAUUUCUGCUGCUCCCUCUAUCUCACAAAGACAUUUAGCAUUGAUUGAGAUCAAAGUAUCAAAAACCCCUGCUGCUGAGCUGAAAGGCAAAACUUUCGGCUGCCUUUCUCCGCUCUAAUAAUAUCGUCUUUAUGUAGUUAAUAAACUGCACACUUCAGUCAAACUAUAUCAUUACAGAAGACUUAGGGAGCUAAUAAUUUAAAAGCAAAGAAUUGCCUCUGUUCUUCGCUUUGAACUAAACAACAUUCUGUUGAAUGAAGGGGACAUCAAAGCUUUGUUACUAUUACCAAUGUGGCUGGAGCAUAGGGCCGCACAGAGUGUGUACUUCAGUCAUCAAGAGAGAGAAAAAAAAGAAAGAUUAAAGAUAUUGGCUUAUCAACCCACAGGCAGAACCAGGUGUUUUCUUUUCUGCUGUGCAAGCAUCAGGUGGUUUGCUUAUCAAUGAGUUUUCUUGUUAAAUAAAUGUACAUGACUUAGGCUGAUCCCA